AGUAUGGAGAACCAGACUUUCAGUGAUGUCCUUCUCCUAGAGGGGUUAAAUGUCACUUCCCAGUCCUUCUUUCCCACCUUCAUCUUUCUCAUCAUCAUCUACAUUUUCACCGUAGUGUCCAACAUCGGCCUGGUAGCACUGAUCUUUCAAGAGAGGAGACUUCAUCAACCCAUGUAUCUGCUCUUCUGUAACAUGAGUAUUAAUGAUAUUUUGGGGGCCACAACCAUUAUACCUCGCUUGCUUAGUGACAUUUUUAAAGUGAGCACAGAGCGAUACAUAACCUAUAUUGAGUGUGUUAUUCAAGCAUUUUGCUUUCAUCUUCACAUAGGCACCUCCCUCUCAGUACUCAUGGCGAUGGCCUUUGACCGAUAUGUGGCCAUCUGCAACCCCCUGCGCUAUGCCACCAUUAUGACCAACAGGAUGGUGUUGAUACUGACCGUGUUGGCUUGGGGAGUGAUCUUUGUUAUGGUGGCAGUCCUUGUAGGUCUCACCAUUCCCCUGUCACGUUGCAGGUGGUUUAUAUCACAUCCAUUCUGUGACAAUGCCUCCUUGUUUAAGCUCUCCUGCCAAAAUGUCCUUUCCAAUAACAUUUAUGGCCUCUGCUACACUGUUAUCCUACUAGGCUCCUCUAUUGGGAGCACAACACUCACUUACUUAAAGAUUGCAUUGGUGUGUUUGACUAGUAAGAGCAAGGUGUUAAAUAGCCGAGCACUGCAGACAUGUGCUACCCACCUAGCAGCAUAUGUUAUCAUGCUGGUUUCGGGUGCUACCUUUGUUGUCCUGCACCGCUUCCCACAGUUGUCAGACCAGAGGAAACUGGCAUCCAUGAUAAUAAUGGUCAUUCCUCCUGCUGUUAAUGCCAUCAUCUAUGGGCUACAGAUAAAAGAACUUAGACAGAAGAUUAUUGCAACAUUUUAUAGGAAUAAAGUGGCUUUGAUGGAUUUUUAA